AUGCGGCGCAUAAUGAAGAGGCCGCUCCACCUCGCUCCGGUCGGCGCCCGUUACCUGCCGGCCCGGCUCGCCGCACUGCCCGCCACGGCUGACCGGCGCCGCGUCACGGGGCCGUUCAGCGUGGUGCGGCGCUGCAUCCACCGGCAGACCAGCCAGCAGUUCGCCGUCAAGAUCGUCGACGUCGCCAAGUUCACUUCCAGCCCCGGCCUCAGCACCGCAGACCUGAAGCGGGAAGCGACCAUCUGCCACAUGCUGAAACACCCGCACAUCGUGGAGCUGCUGGAGACGUACAGCUCCGAGGGCAUGCUCUACAUGGUCUUCGAGUACAUGGACGGAUCGGACCUGUGCUUCGAGGUCGUCCGUCGAGCCAUGGCGGGUUUCGUCUACAGCGAGGCGGUCGCCAGCCACUACAUGCGCCAGAUCCUGGAGGCGCUGCGCUACUGCCACGAGAACGACAUCAUCCACAGGGAUAUCAAGCCGCACUGCGUCCUGCUCGCCACGAAGGAGAACUCUGCACCCGUGAAGCUGGGCGGCUUCGGCGUCGCCAUCCAGCUGCAGGACGGCCAGAUGAUCAACGGCGAGAAUCUUGUGAGAGAGAGCCGGCCAGGCCUGAGCCCCAUGGGGCGGCUGUAUUACAAGGCAGACCGCGAGGGGCGCAUCGGGACGCCGCACUUCAUGGCGCCCGAGGUGGUGGCGCGGCGGCUGUACGGCAAGCCGGUGGACGUGUGGUCGGCCGGCGUGCUGCUGCACGUGCUGCUGUCCGGCACGCUGCCCUUCCUCGGCACGCGAGACCGCCUCUACGAGUGCAUCUGCCGCGGCCGCCUCCACCUGGAUUCGCCUCAAUGGGAAUUCAUAAGUGACGCGGCGAAAGACCUCGUUCAAAAAAUGCUGACUGUGGACCAUACGCAAAGAAUAACAAUACAAGAAGUGUUAAAUCAUAGGUGGCUAAGGGACAGAGAUAAAAGUGCUACAAAAAUACAUUUAGCGGAUACAGUGGAAGAAAUGAAAAAAUUCAAUGCCAGGAGAAAGCUCAAAGGAGCAGUCUUGGCAGCUGUGUCUUCCCCAAAGUGGACUUCCUUUUACUCGGAUCCAAACAGUGAUGGGUUCUCAGAUUUUGGAGAGGAUGAAGUUACAUCUUCGGGAGCUGUGAGCCUGGUUCUCGAUUCCCUCGACGACAUCCACUGUUUACAAGAAGCGCCCCUCAAUGACCGUGACUUCCUCCAUUCGGUUCUGGAGGAUCGGCAACUGCACGCCCUUCUCGAGCUGUACGACCGCAUCUCGAGCAAGGUGGUGAGCCCGACGCGCGCGCCUCCCAGCGACGCGGUGCAGAAGUGUCGCGAGGUGUGUGAGUGCCUGCGCGAGGUGGAGCGCGCCGCGCCGCCGCCCACGCCCGACACGCGCGCCGACAUCGCCGAGCUGCGCGAACUGCUGGCGCGGCCGCAUCUCAGGACAGCGGCGGCUACUUCAUUUCAGACUACAGCAUAG